CAACUCAUUUUCUCUGUACCAGUCUUUGUUCGACUAGAAACCCACAAAAAAAGAAAACUGCUAUUCUUUUGUUAUUUCUUCGACAGCGAUAGAGAUUUGGUUCUGAAAGCGAGGGUUUUGAUAAUUCUUUUUCUUGUUUUUCUCUAGCUUUCCAUGAAUGAUUAUGAUAGAGUUUUGGCACUGAAAGUGGCUGCAUUGUGGUUGAUUUCGAGCUCAAAUUAGGGAUUUCUUUUGGAGAUGGAUCUGGAAAUGCUAGAAUGCGUCAAUAAUGACUUAGAAACAAAACUCAUCAAAGCAAUCAUACAAGACGACAAGUCGCAGCUCUUUUCUCUUUCAACAACCUCUAACAAUACCUCUCCAAUUAGUAUCUCCAAACUCCUCCACCUCUGUUGCUCCUUCGAUUCAGUCAACUGCGCCACGUCACUAGUCAACGGAUCCCCGACGUCGGUGAACGAGGUAGACGCUUCCGGUACAUCGCCGCUGCACGCGGCAGCAGAAGCUCACGCAUCUCGUUGCGUAGAGAUGCUGUUGAGAAAACGCGCCCGUACGGACCUGAAGACUAGAGAUGGACACGGAUUGCUUCCUCUGGAGCUGUCAUUGUACAGAACCAGAAUGGAUGUGAUUUGGGAUCCAGAUAAUCACUCUAUUGAAGAGUUACUUGUUCAGCUUAAUGAAAAGGAUUUGACGACUAUACAACUUCUGAGUGAGAAGACUAAGGAAAUCGAUGACGUGGCAUAUGCAUGCGCCGUUGGCGGGCGUGUAGUGGAUUUAGCUGCUUUGUUAGUUGUGGCGCCGCAGAAAAUGAAUGAGUUGAUUUUGGAGUUGCAUGAUGCUGAUUCAAAUUCCAAACUGAAAACCACCAUUUAUCAGUGUGUAAUUAGAGAGGCAUUGAGCUGCAGUACUACUGCGACGACUACAUCGUUAAGUGCCGCCAAGCGGAAGUGCUCUCCGACAAAAAGCGAGAGCGACGGGAAACGGAAGCUUCUCCUAUGCCAGAUCGAGUUGCUUCAGCUAUUCGGCGCCGUUGCCCAAAUCACUUGUACGGACAAGAAGAUGAUGUCGCCCUUAAUCGUGGCGUCUCAGGCUGGAGAUGAAGCCAUUAUUGAACUGCUUCUGAAGACUAACAUAGACAUUAAUGACGUGGAUGCCGAAGGGAACUCUGCUCUGCAUUGGUGCCUCAGGACAUCUAAAGGAUCAUGUUCAAAGCAGAUUAAGAUUAUGUGGCUGCUACUGAAGCAUGGUGCUCAAGUAAGCCAAAAAAAUAAAUUGGGACUAACUGCAGUCCACAUUGCUUCUGGUAAUGGUAAUACACAGGCCCUUAAGAUCCUUCUAUUGGAGGACCCGGAUAGCGUCAACUCUAAAACAGAAACAAAAGAAACCCCACUGUUUUUUGCAGUGAAGAAUGACUGUAAGGACUGUGCUGAGCUUCUUUUGCACUGGGGAGCAAGCACAGAAGUCUUUAAUUUGCGCAAACAAAGACCCGUAGACUUGGCACAGUCACAAGACAUGCGUUUCUUGCUUAACCCAACAAAUAUCAGCCUCACAAAUUCUUCUCUUCCUAUUCGACAGAGAUAUACAGCAUGGUUACAAGGAGAUGAGGUGAUCUCAGAGACAUGUGAAGAGCUAUUGACCAUGAAAAAUGAAAGCAACACCGCUGACAGAACUUGCUCCAAUAUGAAGACAGCAAUCUGCAAAUACUUUGAAUCUCCCACUGGAUGUGUUAGAGGCAGUAAAUGCUUUUAUGCGCAUGCUGGGGAGGAGCUUAGGCAGAUGAAGGAGAGAACAGAUACGAUUCAUUCGCCUCCUGCAUGGGACCUGGAACGGAAAAUUUUUGUAGGAGGCCUACCUCCUUCAGUUAAUUCUGAUUUAUUGCAGAAAUUAUUUGGGGAAAAAUUUGGUUCAGUGGAUGAUGCUAUAGUUAUUGGAGUUCAAGCAGGAGACAAAAUACAGUCUCGAGGGUUUGGUUUUGUCACCUUUAAACACAAAGAAUCUGUUUCAAAAGCUGUUGAAGAACACUAUGUUGCUAUUAUGGGAAAGCAAAUUGAGAUCAAAAGUGCUAUUCCCAAGUAUCUUUUACUAGCUGAGCUUCAAAAAUCACCAAGACAACGUGAACAAGGACAGACUGACCAGCAUCUACUACAAGAACAGAUGCUCGGGGAGAAUAAUACAAAGGGGAUGGUCGACUGGCUGAUAUUUGGUGGAAAGGCAGAAGUGGACUUGCUCAGUGGGCAAAUGCCCAAUGAGAAGACUGAAAAGAACAUGCCUAGUUAUAAGACCAUAGAGGAGGCUAAAUCAAGGCAAAUUUCUUGGGUUGAUACAUUAGUCAGUGGUCAACCAAAGGUAGACUUGAAUAAAUCUAAAAUCCAUAAAGAAAACAUACCAAAAUGGCUCAGAACUUUCAAGAAGUGGCUCCCCGACUUCUUACAACAGGUUGCUAAGAGGGAUGGAGAAUAUGCUCUCUCAUCUCUGAAAGCCGAUUUCAGGAGUGCUUUUGGCCUAGAAUUGGAUCAUGCUUCUCUUGGGUUCUCAAAGCUUAGCGAUUUCAUGAGAUCUUUCCCAGACCUUUGUCGCAUUAUGUUUGUAGCUAUAGGCAGACAUAAACCUGCCAAUCACAUGAUACUUCUGCCUAACCUUCCCAAGUCUCAUUCUCAGCGACUUCAACCUCUAAAGAUGCCAAGGGCUUCCAGUAGUGAUGGUAAAUCUGAAGAUGCCAAGGGCUUCCAAGACCAAGAUGUUCCAUUGGUUUCAAAUAAGAAUGAUCACUUGACUGAUUGCAGCUCUAAGCUACCUCAUCAGAUGCCUCAAGAAAAUCCAGGGGACACAGAUAAAUCCACGUUUCUUCAAUUUUUGAAAACAGACUUGAUCUUUCAUGCACGAUCUUGGCUUUUUGGUGAAUGUGAUCGAAGCACAGAUGCUGUUGAGGGAGAAGAACAAAUGGAGACUUUCAAGGGACCGAGAGCCAGGCCUCAAGAGCGACACAUGGUUUUGGAGGCCCUUGCCAGAAAAAGGAAGAGUUCAUCUGUGUUCUUUCUUCGCGAGUUUGACUUUUAUUUUAAGCACAGGGCAAGCGUCGUCCAGAGCAGGUGCUUUGGGUGCAAUAGGCGUACAGUGCUCUGGGCCAACUUUCCGUGCCAGCACUUGCUGUGGUGUGCUAACUGCAGACUUGAAAUCAUACUGGCAGCCAGUGGUUUUGAGCACAAGUGUGUAGUAUGUGAUAUCAUAGUGCAGAAAAUAGGCCUGAUCUCACCGACCGAAUACCAUCAACCACAUGUGACGGAGCCCAGAUCGAUUAACUCCCUCCUCUAGAUCCUAAUUACAUGUGGAAGUAAUUGUCAAAUUUGUUGAAGCUAUUGUCUGUAAAAAUAGUGGGCAAAAGGUGCAGGUCAUUAGUAACUUGGUACGCUUGACCUGCUGACUGCUGCACCUCAGAAAUAGGAAAAGGCUUAUGGUUGAUUUCCCCGCAAAAAUUUAUACAAACUGAUUUCUUCAUGAAACCCCAGGAAUACUUUUGUGGUGAAAGUGGCUGCCUGACAUUGUAAGUAUACCUACCUUUGGCCAACUGUCGACCCCUUCCACCAAUAUACAGAGUGUACAGUUCUAUACUUGUUUCUGACAUUUAGGGACGAUCAACCCACCACUCAAAAUUCGUGAAGUGAACUAUUCAUUUUGAGUAAUAACAAAUUUUUUGCUUUAGCCA